UAUAUACAGAUAAACACGGCGAGUAAUCCUCAGCGACUCGCGGGUUCAGGUUCUGUGAACGCCAAGCUCCCGCCUCACAUGGCGUCCCUCCGGCUCGUGGCAGCGCUAGCACCCUCUUCUCCUCCACCGCCGCCAGGACGGGAGCCCCGGAGACCGCCGUCCGCGGUUCGCCUGGCGAGCGGCGUGGCCUUGGCGGCGGCCGCCGUGGCCGCGGCCGCCUCGCCGCCGGCGCUCGCCGCGCUGUCCGAGCCGGCGAACGCGCUCUCGCUGCCCACCUGGGCCGUCCACGUCUCAAGCGUCGCCGAGUGGGUAACGGCGAUGUGGCUGGUUUGGGACUACGGGGAGAGGACGGGGUUGAGGGGCUGGAAGGGCCUUUCUUGGGGAAUGGUUCCACUUCUUGGCGGAGCAAUGUGCGCCUGCACAUGGCAUUUCUUCUACAAUUCAGAGUCUCUUGAAGUCCUUGUAGCACUUCAAGGUGCUCUGACAGUGAUUGGUAACAUAACAAUGUACAUAGCUGCAUACCGCAUCUUUAAAGCGUCCCAGGAAGGCUCACAAAGUUCAUAGGUUGCAAGCUUGUAUGCUUAUGUUCUUAUAACCGGUUGUGGCAAGGGAAAUGACACCUGAUUUGAAAAUUCAAAUGAUCAAUGCGGACGAGGAGGGAGAAGAACCAGCUGGAAGGCUGAUCCGCUUUACCUCGUGAAAAAUGAUUGUGACAAAGUUGAAGAAACGUGAUUAUGCAUCUGUUCUGUAUAUGCCAGCGAAAAAGAACCCUGAGAUUUGUUUACCGAUUUAGCUAAAGAAGAAAUUUAUCCACUUAGAUAAAAAGAAACGUCACUCGGUCUGCAACAGCCUUGAGCACUGAAUGUUAGUAUCAGCUCCACAUGUGCAAUGCUAAUCUGUUGCUGCAAGCUUCAUUUUCUCAUGGACACCAACCAUUUCUGUUCCAGAAAAGCACCAAAGUACAUGUUUUUCAUCUCGAGCUGUCCUUGGAAUGUGGCCUCACAAUCCUUAUCUUGAAGCACCAUUGCCGUCGCUGUCGCUGUUGCUGGACGAUGAUGGCACGUGUAUGUGUUCAUGAAUCAUGUCACACCGACUGAUCUACCUAAAUAUGAUCCAUGAUUCAUAUGCGCAUUGUCAUCGGCAACACUCGCACUGGUGAAGCAGGUUUAUGCAAGGGCCAGCGUCAAUGGCCAAAGUUGCAGCAAUGAUCAAUGGUGCUUUUGUCAAUGUGUGCAGGGAGGUCAAGCAUCGGAAUGAAACCUCCACUCGCGAAGAUAUGGAUCGAAUGAGUGGACGCAGGACUCUUGGAUGCGAGCACAGGAACACGUGUCACGGAUCGUGAGCGGGCGGGACGGCAUGGGACGGCGCAGAUCCAGAGCACAGGUGCUGCUGAUCUUGAGGUUCUGAGUCCCCUGUGUUCCUCUUCCUGCUUGGCUACCGUGCGUGAGUAAUGAGUGCAACUUUUGGCCAAAGCUGGGGCAGUGGCCCAAAGUGUCUUCCCGGCUCCAAACUUUCCCUCAAGAGAUUCCCUCCUCCAUGAUGGUUUGUGACGGGGAUGAAUGGGCUGCUGCUUGGUAUCUCUGGUCUCUGGUCUCUGUGAGCGAAAAUGGCGCGCAAGGAAGGGCCUCUCUCAUGGAAACUGCUUGGCCUCCCAAGUUGGCAGAAACUGUGGCGACCGCGGAACGCUUUCAGGCUUGCAGCAGCGGCAGAUCACAGCGGAUGGAAUGGAGCUCCCAGUAGGCUGAUAGCCACACUUGUUGUGUUGGAGCAGUGCAGCGAGAGUUCUGAGCUCAGACGGCAUGCAGAACAUUUGUCGACAGAGAAAGAGAGGGGUUGUAAAAAAGGCGCCUAGGUACAUUUUGGUGAAGAAACUAAACUGCACGAGCAAAAAGAAUGAGAUGCUUGAAAGCAAAUUUGACUUUCUUGUGUCUUGCUCU